AUGCCACAGAGUCAAAAUACCACCAACAUCGAUCCAUCCGUUAGACCGCCGUCGGAUGCUAUAAAGAAACCAAGUACUAUCACGGGUAGAGUUGAUAUCCCCAAGCUCUCGCCGGCUACUACAGAGCUUUUGGCACGGGUGACGGGUAGUUUCGCGAGAAAAGAUGGUUUUGAUCCUAUCAGUGGCUGGAAUUCACCAUCGAUUGAUACAAACUUGAAUAAUAAGUGGAAGGCACAAGGCACGGGCAAUAUGAAGUCUUCUUCUGCAUUUUUGGAAAUCACACCCUCGCACUUGCCGCCGUCGCGGCCGGCUGGCCCUCAACCUAGUAUACCGGCACCUGCCCAGAACGAUUAUAUUGAAACAUCUACAACAGACAUGAUUAAUCUUGCUCCGAAGCCAGCAGAUCCAGUAUCAACUCAUCUAAAUCCACAAUCGCAACCGCAAGCAAUGGCGCUAGGGACUAAGACGGCUAAGCAGCAGAAGACGGCUGCUCCUCGCGCCCGGCAGUCUGCGAAUGGAACCAAACGCACUGUGAAAAGACGCAGACGUGGUGAUUAUGACGACGGUGAAGGGAUCAUAAAGGCUGGGGACUCUACUUCUGAUGAAUCUGACAUUGCACCGCCGGCAACGCAGACCAAAUCGGGUCGACAAGUCAACCGUCCUUCCUUAUACGUGCCUCCUCCGGCGUCGUCUCCGUCAUUUAGUAACAGGAAUACCGCCGCUGUUCCGAGCCCAUCUAGCAAUCUUGCUACAACUCCCGGCUCGGCACGAAAGUGCAAACGCGUUAUGCGGAAGGGCAAGGAUAUCAAUGCCAAUUGUGUACAUUGCCAAAGGGGCCAUAGCCCAUUUACCAAUGCUAUUGUCUUUUGCGACUCGUGCAACAGGGCAUGGCAUCAACUAUGUCAUGAUCCGUGCAUUGACAGCGAGGUCGUCUUGGUCAAGGAGAAGGAAUGGAUGUGCAAGGAAUGCAAACCUGUAUCGCUGUCCAGUAUCCAGCCGACGGUCGUUCGGAGUGAUCCUUAUGUUGUACAAACGCAGCCCGCACAGGUAAAGCUACAAAUUCCACCUCUUGAAGUUGGAGGCUCGGAAUUCUCGGGUGAUGAAUGCCGUGGCUAUUUGUCAAGUUUGUCUCAUGCAACUUUGGUCGAGUUGCUGGUUACUUUGGCAGACCGGAAUCCUGACCUUCCCAUAUUCCCCGGGAAUCUAAAGUCUUUGCCGUCGUCUAAAUUCCCUCUCCGGUCUGGCAUGUCGGUCUCGGUUUCUACUGCACCAGCAAAUCCACCGGUAGUUGGUAGUUUGACCCAAGCACCCACCAACAACGCUGGGAAGAAACGGCGCCACAGCGAGAUCUCUGAAAAUGACGAGGCUGAAUAUGAAGUCGAAGAUCAUCGGCUAUACCCCCGAGCUGGAAAUGGCUUUCGCCUUUCUGUCAACCCGGGCGAUCUUGAUAUUAUGCAAGAAGAUCCUGCUUGUCCUACCUUUAGCUAUUCGUUGCAUGGGUCUGCCAAAGCUCGCGCGGAGACCAAUGAUGCUGUUCCUGUAUGGGGGACUGCAUAG